AUGCCAUCAGUCUCAUCUCCAUGCCGGGAGAUCACGAAAAAGAUCAUAACCAGAUCGUUACCGGGAGCAAAAGAAAUACUUGCAAGCAGCACAGAUGAAGAGGUGGAAGCCUGUUACCCCAUUGUUGACAUUCUGAAUCACACGUUGGAUCCGGGCCACGAAGGAUGUUCGAAGGAGAAGUUGAAGUAUUUGAGUCAGUUGCGGGUGGAUGAUGGGGAGAUGGCGGUGGAGAAGAAUACGGAGAAAAUCCUGCUGGACGCAUUGUUGGGGGGUGCGUUUACGGGGAAUGUGGAAAUAGUGGAUCAGGCGGUGCGUUGUGGGGCAGAUUUGACGGCGUGUGAAUCGUCAGGUCGGAAUAUUUUGCAUUACUGUGCGACGGGAGGACAUCACAGCUUGUUGGCGAAGGUGUUAAAGAAGUUGCGAAAGGUGUGUAAGGAGGACACUGAGAAGUUCCAGCAAUGUCUGAACAAGGUGGAUUCGAACGGUUGGUCACCCCUGUCAGUGGCGGUAUGUCGCAACCAAGUAGAGUGCGUCAACUUGUUCCUGGGUGUCGAGGGCAUUGACGUCUUCCAUCAACUCGUACACUCCUGUCCACCAUCGAGGGGCUACGAGAAGACCAAGUCCAGUCUGCUCCAUCUCGCUGCGAUUCGUGGCAGUCUGCCCAUUAUGAGAUUAAUCGCACAGGAAAUACCUAUAGACACAGUCGAUUCACAGAAUAGAAAUCCGCUCCACUACUUGGCCGCCAUUGCCAACCCCACUGUAGGCAUCGCAGUCGUGAAUAACCUACUCAGCAAACCCAUACACGAGUUCUCUGGCCAGGGCGCCGCCAAAUGCGAAGACCAAAACAUCGAUCCCAGAUCUGCUAAAAAAGAUGAAGACGAACUGGACACGGACGGAGAGAAUAAGACGCCGACCGUCAAUAGCAAACUUACUGACGUAGUCCAACAAGUCAGCCAGGACAACCUACCUCAGUCAGCCAAGUACUUCAGUUUGACUAAACUGGACUCAGCCUACCACGAAGCGAAGGACUCUGCCAAAAGCGCUCCUUUCUUCGCCGAUUCCGAUAGACACGAUUCACAGGAGAAUGGAACGACACCGCUACCUUUGCAGUCCUCUCCCGCCGAAAAACUGGGUGCCGAAAGGCUUGGUGCCGAAAGGCCGGUCUCGGGCCCCGAUGGUAAGGGCGCUACGUAUGCGGAUUUGCUGCUGCAAAAAGACAACUGUGGCCGGUCAGCGGUGUUCUGUGCUGCGGCUUACGGAAACACGGAUAUUUUGGUUUCAAUGCUGCGUUUCCUGCACAUGACCGUCGGUCCUUCAUUCUCAUUGACGCGGGAGUUAGUCGUCAGUCGCGACACGUGGAGCAUGUCUGCCAUCCAGGUAGCGUACCUACGGCGUCAGUACGACGUGAUUGACCGCAUCGGCAGUGUUUGGUCCCUGUACCGCAGUGACGCAGAAGACGCGGAACAUAUGCACGAAGCCCUAUGCCGGGUUUUCGACAUCAAAACACACAACGCCGCACCAACGCUGAUUGUUAAACAGAUCUUGAACGACCCAGAGACUUGGCACAACUGGCUCAAGGCGGAUCUGACGUACAAGGAACACAUCUGCUACGACCUAAUAAAGCAAGUACUCAAGCCGGCUCCUCAACGGAACGCCAGCAACCGACUCCCACCCAAAACCGAUUCUGGUAGCGAUGAAAAGCUGAUUCUCCGCAGCAUCAGGGCUUGUGGCCCCGACCUGUGCUACAAGGCCCUCAUGGCCUACAUUAGACCCGGAAAUCAGGCACUUGGCAACAGCCAUUAUGCGGAAAGGGACUUCAUGAGCUGCGUCAAGACCACCAUCAACGAAGACCUCCCCGCCAUCGAGGCUACGCGGAUGUGGAAGUACAUCACGGCAGAGUCAAUUAUUUCCAAGAACAACCGCAAGAAAUCUACUGAACAAUUCACUGAACCCUACUCCUCUAAAAAUAUGCGCGGCGGGUACGUGACUAGUCGCGGCCCUCCCUCAAGCCAUGGGCCUGCGUCCAGCUACGCUGGGUUCGGCUCGGGCUAUGGGGGCGGAUUUGUGACGAACCGCGGUGUGCCCAUGACUAGUCGGCCCGUGUCUGUAAGGGCGCCGAGCCAGACUCGGAGCCACCCGGCUGCGACAUCCAGAGCGCCAGCUUCCCUGCGCGAGAGCCCGCGCCCAACCGAUGGCGGCGGGCGGCGAACCGACUCCGAAAACGGCUCUUCCUCCAAAGCUCGCAAUUUCGCCGUGGACUGGGACGAUGCUCAUUUGCCCUCUUUCGCCGCUCCCACGCAAAGCUGGAGAAACAUCAAGCCGCCGGAAGUACCCAAGUCUGAAUCGAGCCGGUUAAGAUAA